GUGAGGGAUAUAGGGGGUAAGAAAGACAAAAGAGGAGGUGUAUUUCUUCCCAGUUCACAUUUCUACUCUCUACUUUCUUCUCAACAUCAACGUUGUAAUGCGAAACACAGAAAAUCCAAACUCUUCUUGUUCCUUUCUAUGUUGUUCCCCUCAUCAAAAUCCUUCUCAUCUUCCCUCCAAACCUCCCUCAAACGUGGAUUCACACCCUCUCCAAAUUCAAUCAACACCUUCUUCCAUUUCCUCUUCAAUCUCCGCAAAUUCAACCUAAUCAUCAACCUCUUCCAUCAAUUCACCCACAACAAACUCCCAAUCACUCCAAAAACCCAAACUUUCUUCACAUGGGCACUUCUCAAUACUCACAGCUUACAACAAGCAGAACGAUUCAUGAAGAAAAAUCCACACACCCCAUCUCGCGCGUGGGACGCGCUUAUCCGUCGUCUAUGCUCCACGCGCCAGGAAGAACCAGAAAGGGUUCUCUCAGUUCUGAAACAUUGUUUGGUAAGCCGUGGUGUUUUUAUCUCUUCCUCCGUUUUUUGUUGUGUAAUUCAAAAACUUUGUUACAUGGGUCAUGUGGGUAAGGCUAUUGAGGUUCUUGAAUUGAUGGCUGAACAUAGAAAGGACUACCCUUUUGAUGAUUUUGUUUGUAGUUCGGUGAUUUCGGCUUUUCGUAGAGUUGGGAAACCGGAGCUUUCGCUGUGGUUUUUCGAUAAUGUUGUGUCGUGGCGGCCGAAUUUGGUGACUUGUACUGCUAUUGUGAAUGCUCUUUGUAAGAUGGGGAGGGUUGAUGAGGUUUGUGAGUUCGUUAAGAAAAUGGAGGAAGAUGGGUUGGGUUUGGAUGUUGUUUUGUAUAGUGUUUGGGUUUGUGGGUAUGUUGAAGAAAAGGUUUUGGUUGAGGUUCUUAGGAAGAUGAGAGAAAUGGUGGAAAAGGGUAUAGAUCAUGAUUUUAUUAGUUAUACUAUACUCAUUGAUGGGUUUUCUAAGUUAGCUGAUGUUGAGAAGUCUUUUACUUUUUUGGCUAAGAUGAUUAAAGAAGGGAUUAGACCUAAUAAGGUUACUUAUACUGCGAUAAUGUUGGCAUAUUGUAAGAAGGGUAGAGUAGAAGAAGCAUUUGGUGUUUUCAAUUGGAUGAAAGACAUGGGAAUUGAGUUGGAUGAAUUUGUGUUUGUGGUUUUGAUUGAUGGAUUUGGAAGGGUGGGUGGUUUCGAUCGGGUGUUUCAACUUUUUGAUGAAAUGGAGAAGAGAGGGAUUCGUCCUAGUGUUGUUACGUACAAUGCUGUUGUGAAUGGUUUGUCGAAGUUUGGGAGGACACAAGAGGCGGAUGAGUUUUCGAAAAAUGUGACUGCGGAUGUGAUUACGUACAGCACGUUGUUGCAUGGGUAUACAGAAGAAGAGAACGUUUUGGGGAUUUUGCAAACAAAGAAGCGGUUGGAAGAAGCUGGUAUCUCCAUGGAUGUUGUUAUGUGUAAUGUACUGAUUAGAGCGUUGUUUAUGAUGGGGGCUUUUGAAGAUGUUUAUACACUUUACAAAGGAAUGCCGGAAAUGGACUUGGUUCCGAAUUCUGUUACUUAUUGCACAAUGAUUGAUGGGUAUUGCAAGGUUGGUAGAAUUGAUGCGGCGCUUGAGGUAUUUGAUGACUUCAGAAAGACAUCGAUAUCUUCAAAUGAAUGCUACAAUAGUAUCAUCAAUGGCCUUUGCAAGAAGGGUAUGGUAGAGAUGGCCAUUGAAGCAUUGCUUGAACUAAAUCACAAAUGUCUCGUGUUGGAUACAGGUACAUAUAGGUUGUUGAUGAAAACGAUUUUCAAAGAAAACGACUCAAAAACGGUUUUAGAUUUAGUCUGCAGAAUGGAAGGUUUAGGGCCGGAUAUAUAUGAUGCAGUAUGUAAUGAUUCCAUAUAUUUAUUAUGUAAAAGAGGAUUGCUCAGUGAUGCGAAUCAAUUAUGCGCUGCGAUGAAAAAGAAAGGGCUACCUGUCACAUGCAAGUCUUAUUAUUCACUUUUGAGAAGGCUUCUUUCUGUUGUUGGAAAAAAGGAGCAAAUUCUGCCCCUUCUGAAUUGCUUUCUGAAAGAGUACGGUCUAGUCGAACCAAAGGUUCAAAAGUUACUCGCACAAUACCUUUGUCUGAAAGAUGUCGAUAUCGCCCUUCAAUUUCUUAGAAAAACAGUGGACAAUUCUUCAGCAAUCACCUUUCCUGUCUCCAUUCUCAAGAUUCUCAUAAAGGAGGGUAGAGCUUUAGAUGCAUAUAAGCUUCUCAUCGGGAUUCAAGAUAAUUUACCGGUCAUGUAUGUUGAUUAUGCCAUGGUGAUCCAUGGCUUAUGCAAGGGAGGAUAUCUCAAUAAAGCGUUGGAUCUUUGUGGCUUUAUUGAAAAGAAAGGGAUGAAUUUGAACAUAGUCGUAUAUAAUUCAAUAAUAAACGGAUUAUGCCAUGAGGGUUGUCUUAUUGAAGCGUUUCGGCUAUUUGAUUCUUUAGAGAAACUUAAUUUGAUGACCUCUGAAAUAACUUAUGCUACAUUAAUUUAUGCUCUAUGUAGAGAGGGAUAUUUGCCAGACGCAGAGCAUGUUUUCACGAAAAUGGUCAGUAACGGGUUUCAACCAACAACACAAGUUUACAAUUCAUUACUCGAUGCUAUAUCUAAGUUUGGACAAUUAGAGAAGGCGUUUGAGCUUCUUAACGAUAUGGAGAAAAAAUAUGUCAAGUUUGACAAUUUUACAGUAAGCGCUGUAAUAAAUUGCUAUUGUCAAAAGGGCAACAUGGAAGGAGGUCUUGAAUUCUAUUAUAAGUUCAAGGGAAAAGAUAUAUUACCCGAUUUUUUAGGGUUCUUGUAUUUGAUUAGAGGUCUGUGCACCAAGGGAAGGAUGGAAGAAGCAAGGAGUGUCUUGAGAGAAAUGCUCCAAUUCGAGAAUGUUACCGAGAUGAUUAAUAUUGUCAACAGUGAGGUUGAUACCGAGUCAAUAAGUGAUUUUCUCGCCACUUUGUGUGAGCAAGGAAGCAUUCAAGAAGCUGUAGCAGUUCUCAAUGAAAUUGCACGCGUGUAUUUUCCUGUCCAAAAGUCUACUUAUAAUCAAGGAUCCGAUAAAUCACAGAAGAAUUAUGAAUCAAAAUGUUUUGGUUUUAAAUCUUCGACCUCUCCACCUUCAUCUUGCAAAAGUGGUUUAGAUUUUGAUUUCUAUUAUUCUCGAAUUGCUGCACUUUGCACCAAAGGGGAGUUGCAGGAUGCUAAUCAAUUAGCAAAGGAAAUGCUUUCUGACUUGGCAGAGUCUACGAACUUACGAACUGAACAUUUGGAAUGAAAAUUUUGAAGGAUUUCAUUUAACAUUGGAAUGUUUCUCUUGUAGUGCCAGCAAAGCGAGAGCACACAAGUGAAAUCUGCAGUUCCGAAGCAUUAAUAUUUCGAGGAGGAUUGCAAUACCGGUGAAUGAAGAUUUCCCAGAUUCAAGCCAACAUAUGGAGCUUGAUGUGAAAGAGGAGAAUUUGGGGGCAGUUUCUUCUGUGCCCAAGAAUCCUGAAGUAAUACGGUCAUCACAUGAUAUGAUGAAAGAGAACGAUGCCACGUUUUUAGCAUCUGUUCCGCCGCAUGAGGAAUUGACAUUGAAACAAGAAGUUUCUAGUCCUCCAAAACCAAGUGAAAACUUGAUUUCUGCUGAAGAUGAGAAAAUUCCAGGCUUAAAUGUUGAGGUUGAAAAUUCUGGAUAUCUUCAGAAGAAAACCUUUGGAGGAUGCAGUGAACCAGAUAUUUUAGAGUCAAUAUAUUUCUGCUAAGCAAUAUAUUUCUUCAUGUCGGCCGAAAAUUGCAAAGUUAGUCCAUGGAUGUCAAAAACAUGGAAAAUCUUGAUAUGCAAGCCGAAACACAUUUUUCCGCGCCUUCUCUUUACUUGUUCCAUUCUGAAAUAAUAGUGUGAUCAUCCUUUUGGACGGAAAGUCACCAGAAAUAAAAUAGAAGAUUUGCUUGAAAUUUUAAAUUAAUAGCACAACCGCAGGUUUUGAAUAGAUUUUAUUUAUGCAAUUCUUCACAGGCAUCAAGUGUAAGUUGCAUGUGACAGCAUUCAUUAUUUCUUCUUUAAUCUCUUUUUUUUCUGUUCAUUUUGUGAGGAGAAUAGUUCGAUGCCAUCCUCACCCAUCAUUCUCUACUGUUUUUCUGUUUUCCAAUAUGCAUGGUUUUUUAUUUUGUUGUUUAUUAGACCACAUGUGCAGAUGUGUUCACCUAAUGUUCAUAAAAUGAAACUGUCAACUGGUUUAUAGAAAUGUGUGGACAAACACUAUCUAGGAAGUACAAAUUUCGUCUAGGUCACUGAUGAUGGUUCCUCUACGUGAUUUGUGGAGUAUCUAUCAAUUACCUUUAUGAUUACUCUCUGAUAUGAAUAAUGUUUGAAAGGGAACAAAGUACUUGACUUCAUAUCUAAGAUCCAUAGUGAUUUAGGUCAAAGUGUGGUAUACCCCACUAUUGGUGUUAGAAUAACUAAUUAGAAUAAUUGAUGACACUUUUAUAACACACUAUAUAGUAUUUUUAUGGUGCGUUGAUUUAAUAUAAUUAAUGUUGUUAAGAUACGAGACAAUGUUGUUUUGCCUAAUAUUGAGAGGGGAUAACAAGAUCGUAAAACAUGAGACAAUGUUGUUUUGCCUAAUAUUGAGAGGGGAUAACAAGAUCAUAAAACAUAGAAAUAAAAAUUGUAAGAUCCAUAAGGUGUGUCAAGAUCGUAAAACAUAGAAAUAAAAAUUGUAAGAUUCUACUAGGCA